UCAUUUGUUGUAAUUUUUACAACGAACAAUUUUUUUCCGUCAAAUCAAAGUGACCCUAAUCCAGCACCAGCUUACGAAGAUUAGCACCUUCUGCUCCUUAUCGAUCGUCGAAGUAAUCAAGCGUUCCUCUGAUUUUCUGUUCCAGACAUAAAAUUUGCAAAUUUUCACUGAGGAAAAGGAGUAAGGAACAAACUUAUUUGGCGAAGAUAAGAAAAUGUCAGUGGAACCUCCUCCUUUCCAAGAAUCAGCGCGAUGUGAUGUCUGCAAUUGCAGCUUCAACACCUUCAGGAGACGGCACCACUGUCGAUGCUGUGGGAGAACAUUGUGCCAUGAACAUUCAUCAAAUCAAAUGGCUUUACCACAGUUUGGCAUUUACUCAAAUGUUAGAGUAUGUGCUGAUUGUUUCAACAAUUCAGGAUCUGGGAAGCAUGACCCACAGCUUUCUUCGGAUGGAACAAAUAACAUUACAAAUGUAAUUUCCAAACUAGACAUCGACGCAGAUGUAAAUUCUAAGACAGCAUCAAGAGCAGAGAGUAAGGUUGCAUUAGACAUAAAAGAGUGUAAGUGUGGAAUGCCUCUUUGCAUUUGUGAAGCUCCAGCCCCUUCCUCUGAUGCACUGCCCCAGCAGAAGAAAAUCACUCCAGUCACAACACCUCUGGCAAACCCUAAACCAAAGAAGUCAGAUGUUGUUCCUAAAAGUAAAAGCUCCACAUCAAACAGCAAGUUUAGUUCUUUCAAUCUUGGUCACGUAUCCAGUGGUGCCUCUGAUGGUUCCCGGAUGGAGUAUGAAGCUACUGGAGAGGGUUUGAGAGAAGCAAUAAAAAAUGGUGACGUUGCUUCUGUCAAGAAACUUCUAAAUCAGGGUGUGGAUUCAAAUUACAGGGACAAGCAAGGACUUUCUUUAUUGCAUUUGGCUGCUGUCUUCAAUCAGACUGAUAUAGUUUUCAUUCUCAUGGAUGCUGGGGCAAGCCUAGAGUACAAGAAUGCACAAGGAGAAACGCCCUUCGAUUGUGCGCCAGCUACGUUGCAAUACAAAAUGCGAAAGAAGAUGGAAGAGGGCAAGGCAAUGGAUGGUCAAAGCAUUUGAUUAACAUGUUACUUCUCUACUUUACUUGCUUAUGCUUUGGCUUGGGGAGGCCGAAGCAAGAUUGACAAAAUACCAGCGUCUAAGAGACCUUUGUUUGCCCAACAAUACAUUUUGGCUUCUAUAUAAUGCAAAAGGGUGUUUAUUUC